CAAAUCAAGCUGGCAGGAACAACUUAUUUUGGCAGCCAUCGAUAAGCUCCAGAGAACCGGCCCUAACUGAGUGGGGCAGAUCAGAUCAGUCCAGCUCCAGUAGCUGUUCUUCUUCCUUCUCCGUCCACGUUUUUUUUUGGACGCCUUUUCGUCAUCUUUCCUUCCACCCAAUACAGACAGACAGUGGGCUUCUCUCCUACAGAAAUGGACCAGUCCAUCCGCAUCCGCUCGCUCGCGUUCCGAGAAUAAACUUCGCCAAUAAACAAGCGCGCCCAUUCUCUGCCCCUUGGGCGUCUGGAUCCAAGAGCCGGCCGCCAACAGCAAUGGCGUCCCUCCUGGAGAUCUUCGUGGGAUCCUGUUCCUCCUCGGCGCCGCCGGUGGACUGGGAGGCGGAGGCCUAUCCGGAGUACGCCGACUACGCCGUCCUCCCCCUGCUCCUCGCCUUCUUCCCCGCCCUGCGCCUCCUCCUCAACCAGUUCCUCUUCGAGGUGUUAGCAAGACGACUUAUAUUUGGAAAGGGAUAUGACAAGCUUGUUGAAACAGAUGAAAGGAGAAAGAAAAUCAAUAAAUUUAAGGAAUCGGCAUGGAAAUUUGUUUAUUAUCUUUCUGCAGAACUCUUUUCACUAUCUGUAACAUACAAUGAAUCGUGGUUUACAAAUACAAGAUACUUUUGGGUAGGGCCUGGCGAGCAGCUGUGGCCUGACCAAAAGAUGAAGCUAAAGCUUAAGGCUGUAUACAUGUAUGCCGCUGGAUUUUACGUAUAUUCUAUCUUUGAUCUUCUGUUCUGGGAAACAAGACGCAAGGACUUCGGAGUCAUGAUGUCUCACCAUGUGGCAACUGUUGUUCUGAUUGUUGUGUCCUAUAUUUGCAGAUUAUCUCGUCCUGGCUCGGUCAUUUUACCCCUCCAUGAUGCAAGUGAUAUAUUCCUAGAGAUUGGAAAGAUGGCCAAGUACAGUAGCUGUGAGUGGCUAGCUGUUGUAGCAUUUCUACUUUUUGUGGCUUCAUGGAUCCUUCUUCGGCUAAUAGUGUUUCCUUUCUGGAUCCUAAGAAGCACCAGUUAUGAAAUAGCUAUGAUCGUGGACAACGAGAACAGAAAAAUCUACAGAACCUCGUACUACUAUCUCUUCAACACUCUCUUGUUUUCACUUCUGGUCUUUCACAUAUAUUGGUGGGUACUGAUUUACCGGAUGCUCGUCAAACAAAUUCAAUCCAGAGGUCAUGUUGGUGAGGAUGUCCGAUCCGAUUCUGAAGGCGAAAACAACCAUGAAGAUUAAGCUGAAGGUUGUUGGAUGCUUAACUGAAGAACUGUAUAGUUCGCAGUUGGGAAUGAGAAUGGUGCAAGUGGGUUGUAUAAAGAAUGAGAAUGUCAAGGAGGAGCUAGUUAGCAUAUCCAUCAGUAGGAAAUUCAGGCACAAAACGAAAACUGAAAAGGCUCGAAUCUCGGUGCCACUGGAACAAGCCUCCUUGAUAUGUAUCUUUUUUGUAUAUUGAAUGUAUAAGGUGAUGCUAUCAUUCAGGGUAUUGAGGCAUCAAUCAUACAUCGUGAUAUUAAUCUCCAUAUGUAUGUGAAGAUGUCUUUUCAGAAAUACUGAGCCUCCGAGUUAUAAAAACUCUCUUUUAUA